AUGCGUCUCGAACUCGCCGUUGGUGUUUUUCAGGCUGCUGUCUUUGCCAGUUUUGCUCAGGCGCAGAACUCCUCCUUCAGCGAUACUCACAUUUCCCGGCUGCCAGAGGAGGAGGUCGCAGCUCUUGCUCAAAUCGUCGAAGAUGACCCUGAGGAUAUCUUCACUCUUGCAAAGGACUGGCUGAGCCCGGAGUAUGCCUUGAUCUACAGAGUGGCUCUUCCGAUUCCGCCAGUCAAGGAGCCUACCAAGAAAAUCAUAAGCCCGGUGACUGGCAAAGAAAUCUGGUACUAUGAGUUGGAGAUCAAGCCCUUCACUCAGGCGGUUUACCCCAACCUUCGCCCUGCCACGCUUGUAGGCUACGACGGCAUGUCUCCCGGCCCGACCUUGGUCAUCCCCCGCGGCACGGAGUCUGUAGUCCGGUUUAUCAACAACGCUGCUGCCGAGAACUCUGUUCAUCUUCAUGGCUCAUACUCCCGUGCUCCAUUCGAUGGAUGGGCUGAAGACAUCACCAACCCUGGAGAGUAUAAGGACUACUACUAUCCCAAUCAACAGUCCGCCCGGUUGCUUUGGUACCACGACCACGCUAUGCACAUUGAUGAGGCAGAGAAGGCCCUCAACCUGCCAUCAGGCUAUGGGGUCUAUGACAUCCCCCUUAUCCUCACCUCGAAGCAGUACAACGAGGACGGCACGUUGUUCUCGACCAAGGGAGAGACAAACAGCCUUUGGGGUGAUGUUAUUCAUGUCAAUGGCCAGCCGUGGCCCUUCCUUAAUGUUGAGCCCCGCAAGUAUCGGUUCAGAUUUUUGGAUGCAUCUGUAUCCCGCGCAUUCGCAUUGUACCUCGUCAACUCCAACGCGCCCAACGGGAAGCUACCCUUCCAGGUUAUCGCCUCCGACGGUGGUCUUCUGACGAAGCCUGUCCAGGUUUCUGACCUUUAUGUCUCCCCAGCCGAGCGGUACGAGAUUGUGAUUGACUUUGCCCAGUACGCUGGACAGAGACUCGAGAUCCGUAACUUCCCCAAAGCCGGCGGUGUUGGCGUUGAGGACGAUUUCCUGAACACCGACAAGGUCAUGCAGUUUGUCGUUGGCACUACAGCAACUUCACCCGACACAUCCACAGUCCCAGAGACCCUUCGUUCUGUACCGUUCCCCGAGUCAGCCGGGAACGAAAUCGACCACCACUUCAGAUUCCAUCGCACCAACGGCGAGUGGCGCAUCAACGGCGUGGGUUUCGCCGACGUCGAGAACCGCAUCCUUGCCAAUGUUCCACGAGGCAGCGUCCAGAUCUGGGAGCUGGAAAACAGUUCAGACGGUUGGUCGCACCCUAUCCACGUCCACCUCGUCGACUUCAAGGUAAUCGCCAGAGAUGGUGACCGGGGUGUCAUGCCGUACGAGGCCGAGGGACUCAAGGACGUCGUCUGGCUGGGCCGAGGUGAAUCCGUGCUCGUCGAGGCUCACUACGCACCUUGGGAUGGAGUCUACAUGUUUCAUUGCCACAACCUCAUCCACGAGGACAGCGACAUGAUGGCAGCUUUCAACGUCACCGUUCUUCCCGACUUCGGGUACAACGAAACGAAGUUCAUCGACCCGAUGGAGGCGCGGUGGAGGGCAAAGCCGUAUGUCAUGGCAGACCUCCGCACGCGUGCUGGGCCCUUCUCCGACACCGCGAUCGAGGAGGCUGUGCAGUUGUUGGCCAACACUGAGGCUUACAGUAAGGUGGAAGAGGUCAACCAGAAGCUUCAAGAGUACUGGGCCACCCAUUGA